AUGGAGGGUUGGGACCCCACAACAAAAUCAACGUUGACUCAGAUCCCAUUGCUGUCUGUAAAGGCUGGCCCACGCGAUGGCGCAGCUUGGACUCAGCGUUUGAAGGAGGAGUAUAAGGCCCUGAUCGCCUAUACAUCAAUGAAUAAGGCCAAGGACAACGACUGGUUUCGGAUCUCUGCUGCCAAUCCGGAGGGAACCCGUUGGACUGGCAAGUGCUGGUACAUUCACAAUCUCCUCAAGUACGAGUUUGAUUUGCAAUUCGAUAUCCCUGUCACUUACCCAGCCACCGCUCCUGAACUGGAGUUGCCACAGCUAGAUGGAAAGACGCAAAAGAUGUAUAGAGGUGGGAAGAUAUGCUUGACGGUGCAUUUCAAGCCACUAUGGGCCAAAAAUUGUCCUAGGUUUGGAAUAGCACAUGCACUUUGUUUGGGCCUCGCACCAUGGCUUGCUGCAGAAAUCCCAAUUCUUGUUGAUUCUGGCAUGAUUAAGCACAAAGACGAUGCAUCAUCAUCCAAUGAAUCUUGA